AUGUUAUUCCCCGCUACCAAUGGUCGACGAUUUACGAGUAGACAUUAUAAAAUUUACUACUGGAUAGAGUAUUCUGUAUCAAAAGAUAAAAUUUUCUGUUUUCCGUGCCGUCAUUUUUCUGCCAACAUUAUAGCCUCUGGAAAAACUGCUGGUAAUUUAUGUUUUGUUAAUUAUGGUUCAAAAUGUAAAAUUUGGAAGGAACAGACCUUAUCUUUGAACAAUCAUCAGAGAUGUAAGACUCAUGUUAUUUGUGUACAGCGUUGGAACGAUUAUCUUCUAGUUAAAAAAAACCAUUCACUAUCUAUCGCUAAUCAAGUUAAUAACGUACGACAACAAAAUAUUAUUGAAAAUAGAGAACACUUAAAAUUCUUACUAAAGGCGGCACUUUUUCUGUCAAAACAGGGUUUAGCAUUUCGUGGACAUAAUGAGUCUGAUAUUUCUAAAAACAUAGGGAAUUUUUUAGAAAUUUUAGAUAUGUUUGCUAAUGAUAAAAUAAAAUUACGAUUACAGGCACGUUACGGUAACUACACUAGUCCUGAGUAUCAAAAUGAUUUUAUAAGUAGUAUAGCUCAAUGUACAAGGCAGAUUAUAUUAAACUCUAUGAAUAAGUUUGGCGUUUAUACAAUUAUGGUUGAUGAAACCAAAGACUUAUCAAAAAAAGAACAAAUGAGUUUUUUAAUACGGUUUGUAGACAAAGAAUUAAAUAUUUGUGAGAGAUCAGUUGGUUGCUACGGUAGCAACCCGUACUAUUUUUUAAAGUAUUGUACUUUUUUUUUCACAUCUGUACUUUGGACUUUGUAG